AUGUCUGAUGAUGGGAUUAUACAUAGUUUCCUCGAUAUUGAUUACCUUGCUUAUCAACCUGCCUCUUGCUCUUUGUCAUCGACUCGUUAUGGAUACAAUCCAAGCCCAGCGAAAGCUGAGCCGGCGGCAUCCGCUGCAGCGAUUAGAGUCCCCGUCGAAAGGAUUCUCAGGCGCAUUGCAUCCAACAUGGCCUCCCAUGAGGUUGCGCCGGUUGACAAAUUGCAGAACGAAUCGUAUGGCUGGCAUUUUCAGUUCCUCACCAUUCUCGGCCUUAGCAUCUCCACGGCAUGUUUUGCAUGCGGCUUCAUCUCCGACAUGACCAACUCAUCCUCGUUCUUCACUCUGAAGAACUACCUGGCCCUUGUCGCCGCGCCAAUCGAAAUCGUAAUUAGCAUCCUGUACUGGGGCCUUCGUGCCAUCGACGACAACCUAGUCGUACCGCCAGAUCUACCAUUUCCACCAUUCUUAUACGACCUGGGCUUCCAUCUUGUUCCUGCCAUCGUCUUGACCUUGGACAGCUUGCUGCUUUCUCCACCUUGGCCCAGCAUGCCGAUGAAUCCUCAGGCACCCUUGAUCAUGCUGGCUACUUCGACAUCGAUUGCGUUUGCGUACUGGUAUUGGAUAGAAUUGUGUUACUCCCACAACGGCUUCUACCCUUACCCUAUCUUCGGUAUCUUGACCACUUUACAGCGGGUAGGAUUAUUCGCUAUCAGUGGUGCUACCAUGUGGGUGGCCGGUGGGGCAUUGCGGGCAGCAUAUGCAUAUGUCAAUGGCUUUGAGACAGUGGAAGAACUCGAAAAGGUCAAGCGGGCGCACAAAAUGGCAACGGAUGGUAAGUGGGAGUGA